CCUAAUUUGGUGAAGGAUUCAAAUCAUUAUAAAGUACUGAAUGAAACGAAUCAAAUCACUAAAAGAAUCACUUUACAAUCCGAAACUAUAGCAUACUAUAUAUAGCAUAGAAUAACGACUUUAUAUUAGUGUAAACGGUAUAAGAAAAGAAGAGAAAAAAUACAAAUGUGUAAUAUGGCUCUAAGCCAUAAAGUAAAUGAUUCAAAUCUUUACAGCGAAGUGACUCGAUUGGAUCAAAUCGGUAUUCAGAAAUACGAGGAUUUAAUCCGAAAUGACUCAAAGUUCCAGAUUUAUCUUGAACUAACUUUUACACGCUUUAAAAAAAAUUAAACAUACAAAGUGCGAUUAUGUCCUAUAAACUUAAAAGAAUCAUUACGAAAAUGAUUCAAAUUCCUUUGGUGUGAAUCAUGAAUCAAAUAACAUGAAUCAGUAGAGGCUGAAUGCUACAAUGCGACUCAUUUUUUAACAACUGAGAUUUUAACAAUGAAGAUUUUGUAUUGUAACAUAUACAUAUAAAAUAGUAAAUAUACAUAUAAAAUAGACAGCCGAUUCACAUGUACUGUUGUUUCCUCACUGAUGAAAGAAACCAGAAAUAGUAUGUCGAGUCAUUUUUGCGACGCUUCAACGAGUGGCGUCCCCGUUGCCAUGGGAAGCCGUUGCCAUGGAAACUCUCGACAACCUAGCGCGAGCCAUGGAGCAGAUAUGGGUGUAGAUGCGGAUCCCGAAGUGAGAAGAUCAUUGUGCCGAAAACCAGAAGAGGAGCCGGGAAUGAAGCAACUGAAGACUGAUGCGGACGACCCUGAGCACUCGAGCAUGCAUCAACAUACACCAGGGUCCCCUCUGCAGGCCAGGGUUCGGGGCAGUCGUGUGAGUUUCCCUGUGAUACACAUUGACAGACUGAGAGCAGCCAAAGCUCUAGUGAACAAGGCUGUAAAGGAAAAGAAGGUGUUCUCGAUUGAGGGGCCGUACCCUGUGAUUCGUGCAGCUCUCAGGGCCAGAGGCUGGGUGGAACGGCGGCUGCCUCGCCAAUGCACGCAAGCUCAUCGCCAUGGUGACCAUGAUGCUGAGGUCACAGAUGAGACUGAUAGCAGCCACGAUGAAGGUACAGACCGGGGACAGGACAGAGACAAGGAGGACGAUGCUGAUGACAUGUACAAGCUCAUGUCUCGUCUAGUGAACAACGAAAUGACGUAUUUCUACUGGACUACGAGGAGAGACGAAGUCGACUAUCUUUCUUUAAAAAAAGACCAGAUGACGAAUCACUAUGCAAAAACGGGAUCCUUCACCACCAAGGUGGGCUUGUGCAUGAGUUUGAGGAAUCUGCAGUGGUUCGACUCGACGGAUCCCGACACAUUCUUUCCACGCUGCUACAGACUGGGAGCUGAAGACGAAAAGCAAGCAUUCACUGAUGACUAUAGACGUACUGCAUGCACAAGUCUGCUCCAGUAUGUUGUAGAGAGAGCUGGAGGGGGAGUGGAGAAUGACAGAACAAGUGAAAUUUAUCAAGAUAUACAGCCUCAGGGUCUUGAUACGCAUAAACCACAAUCUAAGCAGAGGAUUGGAGUUGGAUUGAUCAAGACGGCACUGCGUGUGUGUCAGGAAUAUCUAAACAACUUGGAACACUGUGACAUAGACAUCUCACUGGAAACCCCACCCACUCUCUCAGAGCAGCAGUGGACAAACUUUCUCCACAGCUACUACCUGGUCAUUCAUGAUGGUGUGAUAUUAGAGGGAUGUACGACAUUUGCAAAGCGCUGUCAGUCCAUGCUAGCCCGAAUGCAAAAGGCCUGUUCACAGCUGGAGACUGAUGGAGUCAAUAACAUCUGGAUCAUUAAACCAGGAGCUAAAUCAAGAGGCAGGGGUAUAGUGUGUAUGAACAGGUUGGAUGAGAUCCUGGGUUUAGUGGACAGCGACCCGUCUCUGACUAAAGACAGUAAGUGGGUGGUGCAGAAGUAUGUGGAGCGCCCCCUGCUGAUCCACGGCACUAAGUUCGACCUGCGGCAGUGGUUCCUGGUGACGGACUGGAACCCGCUCACCGUAUGGUUCUACCAGGAGUGUUAUCUGCGGUUCUCCACCCAGCUCUACUCCACACACAGACUGGACAGUUCUGUCCACCUCUGCAACAACUCCAUUCAGAAAUAUUUCCAGCCAAGUGCAGGUCGUGACCCAUCGCUGCCAACAGAGAGCAUGUGGUCAUCUGAUGAGUUCCGCUCUUGGCUCUCGGCUUCAGGACGGGGUGGCCUGUGGGAAGAGGUGGUGCUUCCAGGCAUGAGAAGAGCCGUGAUCCAGACGUUGUUGACGGCGCAGGACAGUGUGGAACCACGCAAGGCCAGCUUUGAGCUCUACGGGGCAGACUUUCUCCUGGGGUGUGACCUCAAACCCUGGCUGCUGGAGGUGAAUGUUAGCCCCACCAUGUCCUGCUCCACGGCUGUCACUGCCCGACUCUGCCCUGCCGUGCAGGAGGACACGCUGCGCGUGGUGCUUGAUCGAGGCUAUGGCCGCAACACAGACACCGGAGGCUUUCAGCUUAUAUACAAGCAGGCAUUAGUGGAGGUUCCUCCAUAUUUAGGUGUCCGCCUUCUAGUAGAAGGAGCUCAUAUCAGACGUCCGUGUUCCUCCCGAGUUAAAACAAUUAUCAGGUAUCAUUACAAAUCAAUACACAAAUCCAGACGUGUCCCCCAAUCUCACAUUCGUCCUUCAAGCAAGGAGAACCAGCAUGAGGAGGCACAACGGAUCCGGCCACCUGUCUCCACACGGAAACUUACAGUAGAAAGAGGUUUAACUUUACAGCCUCUGCUGGAGAAAAGAGUCCUGAGGCCGGUGUUACCCUCAUCCUCAGGUCCUCCUCUGAAACCUUCUGACAGUCAUCAUCUUCAUACCUCACACAUACACGCACAUCGUGUACGCACAGAGCCGACACACACACAUACUUACACUCACAAUCAUAGGACCCAAAGACACCUGCUCUCUCUGAACCGACUGGAACCUUCGCUGGAGAUUAUCAAUCUACAACCUGGAGUCUCCUACAAGCACUUUUACCACCAGAAAACACACACAAACACACACAGUCCUCUCACACACACCAACCAGGUGUUUUACCCUCCAGGUGUUAUACGCCUCCACCAGUACGUAUCACUGCUCCAGCAGCAAAACUCUGAGACUUACAGAAACAAGGGACUCACAGCCCUGAGAAAUCGCACAAGCCAAACAGAUUGAUAAAAAUUUUAUCCAAAUAUAAAGCAGUAGUAAUAAAUUAUUCAUCACUGAACUCGACAGAAUGAAAAUAUAUAACAUGGUACAUGUUUUUGAUACUGUGACUGAUUUUAAUCGUGUUCAUAAAUUAAUUUGUUUUAAAUGAGGUUUAACCCCCUGAUCAGCCAGAACAUUAAAAACCACUGGCAAGUGAAGUUAAGAACAUUGAUGAUCAUGUUUCACCUGUCAAAAAGUAGAAAAUAAGUGUAAGGUGUGUGUAAAGACCAAGAGACUCUGUUACACAGAAUAUGCACCACAUUGUGAUGACUAGAUGAUGUCUUUUAAUUUUCUAUCAUCUUUCCUACAGAAAGGUCUGUAUUUCUGCCCAUUGAUUUGUGACAAUUUAUCUUUGAUAUCAGAAAAAAUAUUGUCUUUUUCUUCAUCCCUCACUUAACAUUACUCUGCUGAUACAUCAUAUAUUUGCUUGAAGAAAAUAAUGUUGAAUGGGUGUUUUUUUUUUCAACCUUUAACUCUUUGAUUAGAAAGCAUUGUAUAUUUAAUUUUGCAGGUAAAUUUCUUCUUAACCAUACAUUGGCUAGCUAAUGCAAACUGACUACAAAUUAUUAGCGGUCAAGCAAGUUUUCUGCAUCAAUCGGCAAACUUCCUUUCCCUGCUUUUUCCUUAGAUCAUAGAGUUUCUUCACUCUGUGAAGCCCACAGUCUGUUUCUACAUUUUACUUUAUUUUACUCUGAAGCGUUAUAAAGCUUCAUGAGUAGUGCUGCUAUAGGUUUUUCAUGUAAAAUUUAUUUUCUGCUCUUCUUUACUACUCUCUAGUGAUAAUGGUGUUUAUGAGUGUCCUUUAUAUCAUGUUUUUAUCGUACCUUUUAUCGUCCUAAUCUACAGCAGUGUGAGAUCUUACUGUAUAGGAGUGAGGGUUUCUUACCAUCUUUCCUGGAGAAAUCUUACUGAUUUCACUUACUUUGUCUCAUGUGUGUCCUUUCUGUUCAUUUUGGACAAAAAAUUACCCCAUUAGUUUCUGUCUGGUUUUGGGAUUUUUACACUGACUGUGCACUGACUUAAAUCUAUCUGCUGAAGCUGUAUGUACUUUCUUAAAAUCACUCGCUUUUUUUACAAUCAGCGUGAGAGGCUCAUACCUUUUUUUUAACAAUGAUUUUCUAGUUCUGUAGUUAAUGUUUGUUUCUACUUAUUUAGUUAAUAUAAAUAUUUCUUAUUUAAAAUUUA